AUGACACAAGUGACUCGUCUUGAUAUUAGGCAGUCAUACAAAAUUAAAUUAUUAAAAGCUUCUACAACUCAAAUAGUGCCUACAACCGAAACAACAACAACAGAGGCCCAAACAACUUCUUCAUCAACAACUUCUACAACCACUACUACAACAACUACUAGUACUACGACUGUUUCUUCAACCACAAUAUCACGUCCCACUACUCAUGCUCCUCCAGUCAAAGUCAAACCGUUCGUCAAGAAACGGGAAACUGCCCAUAUCGACUGUGCACGUGCACUGAAUGGAGACAAAAAAUAUAUGAAAGAGAUAGCUAAGAAACGAAUCACUCUGGAGACUGAUCCACCGUUGGAUAAGGUGGAUACGUGUGAAGUUCUAAGAGCUCGAUUGCUUCCACCAGCUGAGUUGAAACCCCUAAAGGUUCCAACAGCAUUCGCAAGAAUAGUUUAUAAAAGCUACAUAUUCAUUGAGGAUGAGUUCAAAUCAGCCUACCAUCCUAACAAUACGUUCUGCUAUUCCAUCGAUAAAAAAGCUGACGCGAAAUUCCAUCAAAGAAUCAAACAACUUGCCAAUUGUUUCGACAAUGUGAUGAUAACACCAGUUGAGUUCAGUGUUGAUGGCUCUGGUCAUUUCAUGAACCAUGCACAUUAUGAAUGCUUGAAACUCAUACUGAAAAGGAAACAAUGGGGUUAUGCCCUAUUGCUUCAAAACCAUGACACUAUCACAAAGAAUGUAUAUGAUUUAUCCGCAGUAUAUGAUGAACUUGCUGGAGCUAAUGAUGCAGAAUUAACUCAUUGUCCCUCUGGUCGAUACGACCCUAAAGAACACUACGACGCGAGAUCGUUGAAACUUUUCAGAAACGAGUCGCUGGCAACAGCUAAGCAACUCAAUGCAACUCUUCAAUUCGCAAAAGGAGCAACACAGGUAUCUCUCAGUCGCGCUGCAGUUGACUGGCUUGUAAAUACAGUGGAUUUAACUAAUGUUAUCAACGUUAUAAAUAAAAUGAGCUUUGGUGUUGAUGAAGUAUUGAUGCUGACAUUGCAAAACACACAGGACCUGGAAAUGCCUGGUCAUUUCCACAAUGAUUGUUUGGAGCACGGGAAGGGCACAGAUUUCAUCAGUCGUAUGUCGCACUGGGCUUAUUCUGGAGAGAAAGGAUGUGCGACUAAUCAUAUCAGACACGCCAUAUGUGUGCUCGGCCUUGAAGAUUUAACUUCACUUUCCAUUUAUCCAAACGUUAUGGCGAACAAAUUUCUUCCCGAAUUCGACUAUGCAGGAUUUGACUGUUUGCACGAAAUGUUGUAUAAUCAGACAUAUUACAAUCAACAAAGGAACUUCGAUAUGUCCUAUUACAGUCAAAUGGCUUCAGUUCGAUAUCACAAAGAACAUCAGAAAAAUCCUGAAGCUAAGCCAGUUUGUGAUGCAAAGUUCCGAUGGCAAAAUCAAAAAUAUCCGUGA